AUGGCGAACGGACACGCCGAAUCCGACGAGAAGCCAAAACGCAUAGAUGGACCUCUGCUCCUCAGCCCGGAUGAUAUAUACGAACUUCCCGGCAACAAAGUCAGCUCGGGUCUGCAUCCAUCAGACAUUGACAUGGAAGGGUACCGGCCGCUCUGGAAGGCCAGGAUAGAAGAAUUUAAAAAGCAGGGGGCUCGAAGAAAAAAAGACAUCGAGCUUUUAGACGUCGUCGUGGAACAUUACAUGGUUGACAUGUACAGUGCGCAUGGCCAGCCGGAUGAGCUGAUUUCUCGCGCUGUCGAAAGAUAUUACGUGGGAGCCAAGAUCUACCUAAUACCUGAACUGUUUGGCAAUGCGGCUGUGUCUCCCUCGACGCUCCAGCGCUAUGGCCGUGACUGGGGAGCCAACGCCCGGGGCAUCUACUAUCGCCACCAUUAUUCGCCGGAGUGGGUCACGGCCGAUCACAGCCUGUGGCUGCCGUCAUUCCGGGGCAUGGAGUGGGAUGAUGCCAGCGAAGCAGACCGUCGGCUGAGAGCCAAGUUGUUCUUGCGGCACAACUUGGACAACGAGAGAUGGGGCAAGAGCGAGUAUUCGUGGGAGGCCGACGCAUGGACAGACGUUUUUGGCGGCAUGAGAAACGAUCCGGUUCUCGCAGUCGACAAGCAUGAGUACAAUACAAUGGGGCAGCAAAGGCAUCCCGUUUCGUGUCUUCUCACGGGCGAUUCCAAGUUUAUCAAACGAAUUCCUGACGCCACGUUCGGCCUCACGACGUUCCGGCCGGAAGACUACCAAAACGCUCUGGCGGAAUGGGAUCUUGAUCGCAGCCGCCUCGAAUCUCUCCUUUUGCAUCGGCAUUGUGGCCUUGUAGCCGAUCCACGCUGGGGUGAUACAAGUCUUGCGUUUCCCUUUGCCGUCUAUGAAGCCAAGGGGUGGAGCGGCGACGCUCGUGUGGCACGGCAUCAAGCCUGCGCCGCAGGAGCCGUAUACCUCGACAUUCUCGACAAUCUUACACGGCAGCCAGGGAAGGUCGGCCAGAAGACUGGCGAGUACCAGUCAUCCAGGAGUCAUGAGAGCCAAGUGUUCGCUUUUACGUCGUUUGGUGCCCACUGGCAUAUCCUAGUGGGCUACAAGAGGCCGAGGCUGAGACGAGAGUAUGCAGGGCGUGUGGGGAUGAGUAAAUCUGUAUAUGUGUUCCAACGAAUCUGGAGUGGCCGCGUCACGACAGAGCGCAAAGCUUGGGAGCUUUUGUCGCUGAUCGACCAGAUACAUCUCUGGGGGGCCACCGAUUUUCGACAAUUCGUGAUGCGGCACCUCCAGCCGUGGUAUGCGUUUGCCGAAAAUUGCUACAAUAUAGACGCCUACUUCUUGCACAAAGCGCAGGGUUUCAAGUUGGACGUGCGGGAUGAUGGCGGAGUAUCGUGCAAUAUGCCCCUUGUUUAUAUGGAUCUGGCUGGCUGGGUUCAGCAUAUCACAGACGACGCCCGCGCCAAGUUGCGAGACAAGCUGGGCAGGCACGUCGCGGAAGCCUGCAUCCAGUUUCCAGGCGCUCAAUUUCGCGGUCUCUGGGUCUGCAAUGAGGAUGGCUGUACUUCAUCGAGCAUUUCUAAGUAUCCUAUGAAUACGCUGGAGGAGCUCAUACGGCAUUUUUCUGUGGUCCACGGAGUCAGCGACGAUGAAAUCGCCGAAUUUGUACAAAAUUGUGAAUCGUGGCAGUCAAACGAGCCGCAGGCUGGAUCUGUCACGACAAACCCACCGUCGGAGAGGAGGGGCAUAAAGCGGCAUGCCGAAGAUGCAACGGGCACAGCCAAAGACCAGCAGGCCGUUAAUAAACGACAGAAAUAG